CAUCAGACUGCACUACCCUCAUCCUCACUCUCUCCUCAUCCCUCCAUUCAUCCUUCUUCCAACCAAUUCCAGUAAUCUGUGUCUCUUUCCCCCUUGUCACUCCCCCUCAGCACUGUCUAUCUAUCCUAUUUCCAUCACUUUGAUUGACUUUGACAAAGUUUAAAGCAUGGGAUGUGGGAAUUCCACCUCAGACAGCACAGCUGCGGGUUCAUCUGAGUCAGCCAAAGAUGUGCAGGAGGAUUCAUCUAUGGACGAUGAAAAGAGGAGGAACUAUGGUGGAGUGUAUGUGGGCUUACCUGCAGACCUCAGCAAUGUGGCCAUCGGACAAACACCCUCCACACACAAAGAAUAACGCUAUUCAGAGCUGAAGGCACAGAUAAAGGGCUUCCCAGAGGGAAUUUUGGCUGAAAAGUGCUGCGUAAUAAUCUCAAAAGGACGCAAUCUUCAUCAUCGUUGAUUGGCUCGUUGGGACAUCCCUGAAUCCUCUGAGAGCCAAUCAUCUAAUUGAACUGAACUGGAAUGACAAGAAUUACUUACAAGGUCAGACGUCAAAGACAAAUGUUAGCAUCACUCAGCGCAUUUAAGUGCUACCAGCACCUUGUUUCUCAGGACAGUGACACACAGGUGUUGAUGAUGACAAUCACAGAGCAAAGAAGACGUGUCUCUGAGCUCAAACCUUUUCCCUCGCUGUGUUGCUCUCGGUCACAUGUUCAUUAAUAGGUUUCACAAGAUGCUUUCAAGUGGGUAAUUGGGACUCUUAAGGCACUUUUUAUGCACUUAUGAGUCUGUGUUUUUGUUCUUUCACUCUUUCAUCAUGAUUUGCAUCCUUUCAGACACUCUUCUCUAGUCUUAACGAUAAGCAUGUAAAAUCCAUUUGGUGCGUGUCAUGUUUGCAAGAGGACUAAAUUAGUACAGUAAAUGAAGUGCCUUUGAAGGAGCUUGAUGCUGGUCUAUCAGGUGAGUCCUCAAGCCCUCUUCUGGAGGUGAAACCAAGGGUUAUGUGUUUGUGAUUGGGUUUAAGGUCCCUCCACCUCGGUAAUCCAAUUAGAGUGACCCAGUGAGAGCCUCUGAAGAACAAGUGUGUCUGUGCUAGCAGCGCCUGUCCUGAGAGAACUCCGAGGACUGCACAAGUAGGCUAGCGUUCAGCAUCAGGUCAGCUGGAACACACACACUCCUGUGACACAGGGGAAAGAGACGAGGAGAGAAUGACAGAGAGGGAUAGCAAGAAAGGGACUGCUUGAGUCGGACUGUGUCAUUAUGGACUAUAUAAUUACCAUAAAACAUCAUAAAAGUAAUAUAGUUGUUAGUCUUAUUAGUUUAGAUUUUAAAUUUAAAUUUGGGGUCAAUAAAAUUCAGCAAAACAGUAAUAUUAAAAAUACACUCACCUGAAGGAUUAUUAGGAACAUCAUAGAUUGGAGAUUUGUGGGAUGUGCAUGCAGGACCUGAAGCUCCUGUUCCACCACAUCCCAAAGAUGCUCUAUUGGGUUGAGAUCUGGUGACUGUGGGGGCAAUUUUAGUGCAGUGAACUCAUUGUCAUGUUCAAGAAACAGAUUUGAAAAGAUUCAAGCUUUGUGAAAUGGUGCAUUAUCCUGCUGGAAGUAGCCAUCAGAGGAUGGGGACAUGGUGGUUAUAAAGGGAUGGACAUGGUCAGAAACAAUGCUCAGGUUGGCUGUGGCAUUUAAACGAUGCCCAAUAGGCACUAAGGGGCCUAAAGUGUGCCAAGAAAACAUCCCCCACACCAUUACACCACCGGCCUGCACAGUGGUAACAAGGCAUGAUGGAUCCAUGUUCUCAUUCUGUUUACGCCAAAUUCUUACUCUACCAUCUGAAUGUCUUGCAGAAAUCGAGACUCAUCAGACCAGGCUGAGCUCCAGCAUCAACAAGGCAUUUUCGCCCACAGGACUGCCGCAUACUGGAUGUUUUUCCCUUUUCACGCCAUUCUUUGUAAACCCUAGAAAUGGUUGUGCGUGAAAAUCCCACUAAUUGAGCAGAUUGUGAAAUACUCAGACCGUAACCAUGCCAUGCUCAAAAUUGCUUAAAUCACCUUUCUUUCCCAUUCUGACAUUCAGUUUGGAGUUCAGGAGAUUGUCUUGACCAGGACCACACACCUAAAUGCAUUAAAGCAACUGCCAUGUGAUUGGUUGAUUAGAUAAUUGCAUUAAUGAGAAAUUGAACAGGUGUU